UCUCGCUUCCAAAAUACUCAGUCACUCUGUUAGUCAGACAUCAGCUAGUGUGGAAGCCAGUCAACCAGUCCAUCAUGGCUGUCAACAUCCCAGGAGUUAUAUCUGUGGUGUUUUUCUACCUGCUGGUCCUUGGGACCGGCAUCUGGGCUUCUUUCAAGUCCAAAAGGGAACAGAAGAAAAGUGCAGCAAAAGGAAUGGAUAUGGCCCUGCUGGGAAACCGGAGCAUUAACUGGGUGGUGGGGGUCUUCACAAUGACAGCUACAUGGGUUGGAGGAGGCCUCAUUGUUGGCACAGUUGAGAUGGUGUACAUGCCCUCCAUGGGACUAAUCUGGGCAGUCGUGAUGUUGACAGCAUACAGCUCGUCUUUUCUUAUCAUUCACACAUUUACAAAAGCAAACCUGUUUCGUCAAGAUGUUUUUGUAGAUGUCCGUGGUGAAGACAGAGGCUGCAGACAACAAAGAAGAAUCCGCUGAGAACUUAACAGCAGAAGCAAUGGCUCCAAUUGUUGUGAGAGGCUGCAGGGUGAUGGGCAGGAUUAGAGCUAUUGGCCCACGCUCAAAUGGAGAUGGAGUACCAUAAGAAGUCAGAUUCCAGUCUAAUGGAUUGACAGCAAGACAAAAACAGAUGUUCUUGGAAAAGGUCUCUAAAACACAAAUUGGUGAAUUUCACAUAGAUUUUUAGUUGUAUUUGCUGUUGUGGAACCUUUUUCAACCCUUUUUAUGUAUUUAUUGGAGCCAUCCGUGACAAUUUAGUUUUUGUUUUCAUACUAGGUGAAUGUGUUUCGUCAUUUCACUUUUCUGAUCUUUAUAUCUUGCUUAUAUUGCAUUUUCUGGUCUUAUUGAUGCUAUGAUUUUAAACUGUUAUCUAUUUUUCAUUGUUGUUCUUUUCGUGUGGAUCCCAGGAAGACAAGUGACCACUUAUGCAUACAAGGAGCUAAAUCUUAAAACUGAUCCCGCAAGUGCAGAGAAAUAAGUCCAGAUGUAAUGUGUUCAAACUGUGUUUUUUUCCAGUAACAAUGCUUGCAGCCACAUUUUUCAGUCAACUGUAGGUGCUGCACAGUUACAGUCGUCUAGUCUGCAAAUUAAAAAUGCACACAUACAUGAUCUAGAGUCUGACUUUGAACAAAUGUGAAAUGAAAUGAAUUCCCUUUUGUGAGCCUGCAAGUUGGAAAUGAGAUGAACUGAA